GUGGCGCGUAGAAGUCUCACAGACAAAGUCCUGCAAUGUUACUUCUGUUCGCACAGCUAUGCUCCAGCAUGCGAUGUGGCGGUCUCCGCGUGGCCGUUCGGCGCGUUUUGGUGCUGGUCUCGGCCAUCGCCCUGAUCCCCGCCAUCCUCUUACUGAUUGGCUCGAGCGUCACUAGACACCGCUACCAGGAUGUACAGUACACUGGACAGAAAUUGGCAGUUGAUGGGUUUGAUGGGUUGUAUGGGACUUGGGGCCCAGGUCCCGAUCCAACAUGGAUGUCACGGAUGGCCAUCAGAAUGGCUGCUCGCAGAGCAGAACUCCGUGACGCAUGUGCACGUACAGGGUUAGAUGUGCCCAACAACGAUUCCCUACACCAGGCUAAUCCUUGGGAAUUUCUGAUAAAUAAUCAACACCACCUUGUGUGGUGUAAUGUUUUCAAGGCAGCUUCAACUUCAUGGAUGUAUAAUUUUAAUAUCUUAGCGGGAUACACCCCUCACUUCUUAAAACAGAGCAAGGUUGUACCACUACAAUUAGCACGGCAGAGAUAUCCAAGGCCCUCAAUAGAAACUCUGCGUGAGGCUUUGAACUCAUCCAUCUCUUUUAUAAUAGUGAGACAUCCAUUGGAACGUCUACUGUCAGCAUACAGAGACAAAAUACAGUACUCAUUGCCACACACACUUCAUCAGAGGUUGGGUUUGAAAAUAAUCCAAAACUACAGAACACGAGUUAAGGGAGGUGCUGGGAGCCGAGAUCCAACUAAAAAGAAACGUGCCUCACCCAAGUGGCCAACAUUUUCAGAGUUUGUGCAUUAUUUAUUGGAUGAAUAUAAAGAAGGCAAUCGAUUUGAUAUGCACUGGGCUCCAAUUGCAGAAUUUUGCACACCAUGUCACUUGCACUUCGAACUAAUUGCAAAAUUUGAGACACUGGAGGAAGAUCAAAAUUAUUUGAUAUAUAAGGCCAAGCUUCAAGAUUUCAUUCACCCUGAGUGGAAAAAUCCAGCAAAAGGAAGAACAGCAACAACAAAUCUAAUAAGUUCCCACUACUCCCAGCUUACAAAGAAAGAAAUACUGCACCUUUACAAUAUAUACAGGUUUGAUUUUGAACUGUUCGGGUAUUCCUUGGAGGGGUUUUUAGACCAAGGUUUAGAGGAUCCAACCUCUUCCCCUAGUGCCUCAAAAGCUCAACACAAAAACUUCCAACUGACCAAAUUGCCCAUUCCAUAAACUGAAUAUGGUUUCAGUGCAGGAAAAAUCCCACCGCAAAAACUACUUGCCCAAAGAAUCUAUCGGGUGCUAGUACAAAAACAGCAGAGUCCAAUGUUCCAAAGUCUUAAUCACUGAGUGUUACAACUUUUGACACUUGGUGAAAGUUAUAGGCGGGUUUUUGAUCAUAACUGAUCAGCAAAUGUGAGCUGUAGGUAUUGUGAUCUCGAUGGUGCUUGAAUUUGACUCCUCGUAUUCAUUUUUCAUUGCAUGAAACUUGGUAUGUCAAUGCAAAAGGGCUUCCAAAUUUGACCAUAUUUAAAUUUGUUCUUAGUAGUACUGUUAUGUAGUUUAUAAAAUUUUGUAGAUAGUUUCAAAAUCAGCUCAAGUAAUUUAAAUAUUCUUGGUCUUCAUGUAUACUUAUAGAAAAGGGAAUGGAUGAUGGGAGAUUUUCCAUGAGGUGUAUUGAGGUUUGUAUUUUAUAGAAUGAUUUGGAUGUUCUAGGGCUGUUAUUGGAGGAAAUGUAGUAUAGCAUGUAUCCAAAACGGGAACGGUAUUGUGAAUGCAAGAAAUUAGUUCGGGACCAAAUUGAAAAUAAGAUUACUGCAUAAUGUCUACAGUGCUAGAAGGGUGACAGUAAUUCAGCCAAGAGAUCAUGAACAUGAACUAGAAAUUUGGGAUGAAGGGUAAAGUGAGUAAAUAAUCAUCCCUAAAAUUGAUACACUUCUCUGUACAAUCAGGAAAAUGCUUUCCUACAUCUUGAAGAGCUAACUGAUUUGUAAUAUUAUGUUAUGUAAUCUUGCUCCGUCUCAAAAUUUAAGAACAUGUAUUUUUGAAAUGAUUGUAACUUAAUAAUCAUAUCAUGUUAAGGCAUACAAAUUUUGAAACCUGUCCAACUCUGUUAAACUGUAGUUUUAAACAUCUAUUAGAACUUACAAAACCCUGCGCAAGGUUGGUUAUUCAGAAGCACUUUUCCUAUUUUGGUGGAUUUUGAUCUAGAUGGCACUUUCAAAGACUACCUAUCUUUUCAAAACUGUCAAAUUUGAAAAGUUAAUGGAGAAUAUUUUAAGGAAUAUUAAAGUAAGAACAAAAUGGUUGAGUUUUGAAGUAGUGCAUUUUUUGUAGCUGCACAUGAAGAAUGUGGUAAGUUUGGUAGGUCUGUGUGCAGCUUGACUGAAAACUUUUGCAAUCAUCUUUUUUCCAUCAAACUAAAAAAAUGUAGCAUUCAUUAAUUAUAGCUGUAUUUAGUGCUAACAACCAUUCACUGUGUUAAAGAUCCUUUUCCACUCAUAAUUAAAGUAUUUGGUUUCAAGAGCUACCAAGCAGCCAAGCUCUCAAAUAGUUGUCAAAGAGCUUGAUUACUCCUAACCCGGUUUAUGAAACCAAAAAGUGUGACUGUCUCCCGCAAUGAAAAUAUGAAAUUUUUAAAAUGUACAAGGAGUAUUUAAGAAUUAUUAAUACUGGAACAGCACUUACUUGGAACUGUUGUUCUGGAUAUUGCAUCCAAGGAUCCAUUUCCUAUCAAGCAGCCUUUGCCAUGAAUUGCUUACUAAAAUUGAAUUCUUA